AGGGGUAAAAUCGGAACUUGAUAAACAGAGCUCCAAACAAGGGAGGAAACCUAUUCCCUCCCUUUCUUUCCUUCUCUCUUUGAAGUCCAUUCAUCCAAACGAGCUGUGGCCUCAACGCUGUGAAAGAAAGAAUGAUGAGAUUUAGGGUUUUGCAGAGAUUCCCUCUCAUUGGCAACUACAAGCGCAUGAACCAUCUCAAUCAGCGACGUCUUUCAUUCUCUUCGUUUCUUCGGAAGUUACAAACCGCCCAAGGUCGAGCUUCCUUCAAUGGCGGCAAAAGUAGCACCUCCCAAGGUAAUUCAUUUCUGGUACCUGGUGCAACCAUGGCGACUAUAGUUAUGCUUGGUGCUCUUCAUGCCCGUCGUAUGUACAAUGACAAGAAGAUUGAAGAAGCAAGGGAGAAAGGAGUUGAGUUUGAGUUUCAACCCGAUACAAAAGCUACAUUCUUGAGAUUGGUACCUUUGCGCUCCAUUUCCAGAUUUUGGGGUUUCUUAACUAGUGUGGAACUUCCCAUCUGGUUCCGUCCACAUGUCUAUAGAGCUUGGGCUCGGGCGUUUCAUUCCAAUUUGGAAGAAGCCGCUAAGCCUUUGAAUGAAUAUGCAUCUUUGAGAGAGUUCUUUGUUCGCUCCUUGAAAGAAGAUUCUAGACCCAUAGACUCCAACCCUUGUUGUCUGAUCAGUCCAGUGGAUGGUACUGUUCUAAGAUUCGGAGAUUUUAAGGAAGCAGGCACCAUGAUUGAGCAAGUUAAAGGAUUUUCGUAUUCUGUGUCUUCUCUUCUUGGUGCAAGACCACUCCUUCCUUCAAUGGAGGAUGUGCAACGAGAGAGUAGGGGACAAGAAAAGGCUCCACGAGAUGAGGAUAAAAAGUCAUGGUGGAGAAUUACGCUGGCUUCUCCAAAAGUUAGGGACCCAGAACCAGCAAGUCCAAUGAAGGGCCUUUUCUAUUGUGUGCUUUACCUGAAGCCUGGAGACUAUCACCGAAUACACUCUCCAGUUGAUUGGAAUGUUCUUGUUCGUCGACAUUUUUCAGGUCGGCUUUUCCCUUUGAAUGAACGAGCUACAAGAACAAUCAGGAACCUCUAUGUCGAGAAUGAGAGAGUGGUACUUGAAGGCCGAUGGGAAGAAGGUUAUAUGGCAAUGGCAGCAAUAGGCGCUACAAAUAUUGGAUCAAUUGAGCUUUUCAUUGAACCUGCACUGGGGACGAACCGGCCAAGAAAGAAGUUACUGCACUCCGAGCCUCCUGAAGAACGGAUUUAUGAACCUGCACGUGCCGGUGUGAUGCUUAAGAAAGGGGAUGAGGUGGCUGCAUUCAACAUGGGGUCGACGGUUGUCCUUGUAUUCCAAGCUCCCAUAUCUCUGCCGGGUGACGAGUCUGUUUCAUCAGAAUUCAAGUUCUCUAUUAGAGAAGGAGACAGAGUUCGUGUUGGGGAAGCGCUAGGAAGGUGGAACGAUUCAUAGCGACCGGUAUGCCCCAGUGAGCUGUCUGCCAUGCUUAGGGUGCUAUUUGAUCAAUUUAUUUGCAGUAAUCUAAGACUCAUUUUGUGCAUCAUUGAGCAGAAUUUGGCUUUCAUGUUCUGAAUUUAUGAUGUCUGCCUGUAAAUCUUAGGAUGCUGGUGAUUAUGAAAAAAAAGGUGUUUGGCUUUUUUUGCCGAGUGAUUUUGAAUCA